AUGUUGCAUGGAGAAACCAUAAAUGAACCCCAUGGGGAGAUCAAAGUCAGCUUCGGAUACCACUGCACCUCCAAAAACGACAAUUCUCUCGACCAAAGGCCUAACUACAUCGACAUCCCUUCCCCCCACAAACUGAGUCGGGCCAGCAGCUCCUUCUCGUGCCUCUCGGGAGCUGCUUUAAGUGCCAAUGCCACCUUAGCAAACACCAACAUUUGCAACGGCUUAAUAGGUUCUGAGAUACUCCCGACCUUAGACUCCCCAAACUCCUUCCGCAAAAUACCCUCCUCGACCAAGUUGGACUUUUUGUCUUCUUCCCUUCCCAGUAGCAUGUCCAGUUUGAGCUUUAGUACUUCAUCCCCAAGUGAUUACGACUCCAUUUCACUUAAAUCCAUGAGCGACCCUUCUAGAAAUGAUAGCUUUCUCAAUCUGAAUGAGGUCCAGAUCGCGGGUGGGCCCGCGGGCGAGGAUCGGGUUCAGGCCGUCUGCUCUGAAGAAAAUGGCUGGCUCUUUUGCUCUAUAUAUGAUGGGUUUAACGGGCGUGAUGCGGCCGAUUUUCUUGCUGGGACUCUGUACGAGACGGUUGCAUGUCACCUCAAUUUGUUCGAUUGGGAUCAGGGAUCAGCUGAACCGGGAAAUGUGAAAAAUCAAAAUCUGGAUGGUUUUGUUAAGCAGGGCGUUCUCAGUAGACUUCAGCAUGCGCUUGACCAGGCGGAGAAUGAAUUUCUUCACAUGGUGGAACAAGAGAUGGACGAGAGGCCGGAUUUGGUGUCUAUAGGGUCUUGUGUUUUGCUUGUUCUGCUGCACGGGAAGAAUUUGUACGUGCUUAAUCUUGGUGAUAGCCGGGCCGUGCUGGCUACACAUGUAAGAGGGAGUGACGAAAUUGAUGGUUGGGAGCUUAAGGCGGUCCAGCUGACCGAUAGUCAUACGGUCGACAGUGAAGUUGAGAGAAUACGGGUUUUGAAUGAACAUCCGGACGACCCCAGUGUUGUCGUGGGUGGGAAGGUUAAAGGAAAGCUGAAGGUUACUCGAGCAUUCGGUGUCGGUUACCUGAAGAAGAAAUGCAUGAAUGAUGCUUUAAUGGGUAUUCUCCGAGUCCAUAACCUCAUAAGCCCCCCGUAUGUAUCAACACAACCGUCCCUAAGUGCUCACGAGGUCUCAAACUUGGACCAUUUUGUCGUGCUUGGUAGUGAUGGCUUGUUCGACUUCUUUACCAAUGAUGAAGUUGUGAAGCUUGUGAAUUCUUACAUAUUGCGAUACCCGUUUGGUGAUCCGGCUAAGUUUCUGGUGGAGCAGCUUGCCGCAAGAGCUGCAGAUUCUGCAGGUUUUAGUAUGGAGGAGCUGAUGAGCAUUCCUGCUGGCAGAAGGCGAAAAUAUCACGAUGAUGUCACUGUUAUCGUAAUUGUUUUGGGCUCGAACAAACGGACCUCAAAGGCAUCGACAUGCCUAUAA